AUGGCGCAGGCACCUCCCUCUUCACUGUUUGAAGAGGUGAGUUAUCUGCAUUUUCAGAUCCAACAAAAUCCUAAACCUGAAAAACUUGCCCAGUAUUUGGAGAGUCUCUUAGAUUUACCUAUCACGCUGGACAUUGUCGAGAGGACCGGGGUAGGAAGUACCGUCCACUCCUUGCGAAAGUAUGAGCAGGUCGCCAUUUUAGCCGCGCGCCUAAUGACCCAAUGGAUGAAACUUCCCCCGGCGGUUGAAACCGCCGCCGAAGCCCCCAAGCCUGAAUUAUCAGAGUCCCGUGAUCUGCCCCAUCAGGCUUCCGUGGACCCUCAGCAGGUGUCCCGCCAUUAUGUUAAACCCCAAGAUAAAAAGCCAGAUCAGCCUGGGCCACCCAAAAAGCCCCAAAGAAAGCUUAUUGACUUGCUUAGGGAGCAAGAGCUUUCAAGUUCAAAUGAAGAAUUUGGGAAACCUAAGGUCAAAAGAGCUAACCGUCGUCAUCACAGAAAUCGUCACCAAUCUAAUGAGAAAAAAAAGUCUCAGGUGAGUGACAAGGGGAAAGGGAACAGCUUGAAGUGGAGACGAGAAAACUUCCUUAAGGUGGCUUCCAGAGCAGAGGGCUCAUAUCCAUCUUUUACAAUAAGCCCCAAGGAGAAACAGCCAGUGGCCAGUGCUUCCAAGGGAGAGAAAAAGCCAGAUAGCAGUAGUGACCAAAAGAAAUCUAGGCCUUCCUCACAAUUGGCUCCUGGAAAAUCCAUUAAAAAGCCAAAAGACAAGGCUGAGCCACCAACAGGAGUUGAGAAGUCUAAGCUAAGUGUUGCCAGCCUGCAGGGACAGACACAGAAGGGUGAAUUAACUCUAAAAGUAAAAGACCAGGAAUGUUCUAACAAGUUACAGAGACAGGGAAAGAGAGUGGCAGUCCUUAAUGCAGACACGUCACCCUCCAAAAUUCAAAAAACUCAAGAGUUAGAGGAGGACGAUGACUUUGAACGACACUCCAUGUCCUUUGAAUCGUACCUUCUCUAUGACCAGCCCCCAUACGGACGGGUGGUUAAAUCUCAAACUUUGGGGGGCAGAAAGAAGGUCCACCCAAAGCUGAAAACUCUCCAAACUGAAACAAAAAGGCAGAGUGCAGUUAAGGACCCACCCAAAGAAAAUUCUGGCCAGCCAGAAAAGCCCCAGCUCUUUAGAAUUGAGAAGUAUAAUCCUAUGUUCCUUGAAGACUCUGAUAACCUGUGGAAAGUCCACUGCCUUCAAUAUUUUAGAAAAGAACAGCCAGCAGAAUUUGAAUCCUGGCGUGAGUUGUACUUUCGGCUCCAUGAUGCUCAGGAGGAGCGACUGUACAGUGUGACUAAUGCCAUCCGAUUAGCUCAAGCCCAAAAACCCCAAAGUCGACAGGCCAAGCUGGCAUUUAUUAGCUCCACGUCCAAGUCUCCUCAUGAUGUUUUAGGAAAACAGAUGUUGCAAGUGAGACUACCUCACCCAAAUGCCCAUAUCAAGGCCAUCCAGCAGCCCUCUAACAGCAGCAUCCCCCUUGCCAGUGGGGAUAGCCGUGCCCUCAUGGAGCCAACUGAUGGCCCGAGUACUAGCGGGCCUCACUCAGCCCAGGCAGGCAGCAGGGCGCAUUCUAACCAUUCUCAGAAAAUACCUAGGGAGAGAAUUGAUUCUGUAAGGACCCAGGCUGCCAGGGCUUCCAGAAAGAAAUCUGCCCAGUCAUAA